AUGGGUUGCGUCAAUAGUAAAGUAAAAAAAGAAGAACCGGAAACGAUUUCCAUUUCUGAUGUGCUAGAAGAAUUAUCCAGAUUCAACAAGAGAAAGCGAUGUUACUUAAAAAGAAAAAAUAACUACUAUCUGAAAAAGUCAAAAAAAUCUCAAUCUCAGUGCGAUGUACAAGCUGAUGAUGAAAAAAGACGUGCAUGUGCCGAGGAGAACCUUGCCGUUCCUUCAACCCAACAACCACCAGUGGCUGAUGGAGGCAGCGGCUCAGAGCCAAUCGUGUUUGAUCAUAAAUCGACUGCAGAAGGAUUUGCAUGUGUCGAGAAGAGCCUUGACGUCCCUAUCUUAGCCGAAGAACCAUCCAAUGAUGUCAGUGCCUCACAGCCAAUCGUGGAUGACACUAGUAAACACAAUGACGUGACUGAGGUGGAAUGUGUGGAAUGUGUAUGUGUCGAGGAGAGCCUUGACGUCCCUACCUUAGUCCAAGAACCAUCCAAUGAUGUCAGUGGCUCACAGCCAAUCGUCUUUGCCUCAACUGAGGAAGCACGUGAUGUGUACCAGUCUUUUACUCAAGAACCAUCAAAUGAGAUCAUUAGCUUAACACCCGAUACUACUAAACACAAUGGCUUGACUGCAGAAGGGUUUCAAUAUGAGUUUGACACGGAUAGCCUUGCUGUAACCACAUUUGCUUCAAACCCUUUGAAUGACGUCAUACCCUCGUUACCAAACUUCUCCGUCCCUUCGAUGGUCCAGACUACAUUUCAUUGUGUCAUACCAUCCUUCCCUGGUUUUGACUACGGUGGUGGCUAUGACAUCAACCAGUUAGUCUACGCUGGAGACUGCGUGGAGACUGUUGCUACACAGAAUGACACAAACCAUGGAGAGUGGAUGUCAGUUUUGGAGAGUCUACAUGUGCACAAGAAGUAUGACCCAUGUGUGGACUAUGAUAUGAUGAAAGAGAUUGGUGAAGGAUCAUUCGGCCACGUCUACCUGGCAAAACACAAACAAAUCCAGGAAGAGUUUGCCAUCAAAAAGAUUCCACUGGGAAACACUCAAAAUCAGGCCAAUAUUGUCAAUGAGCUGGAGAUCCUUCGCGUAUCGCUUCAUAAGAACAUAGUGUUCCUGACAGAAAGUUACCUCUACGACUCCAGCGUGUAUAUCAUAACUGAAUACAUCGAUGGGUUAACCAUUUCAAAUAUCUGUCAGAUGGCCACUUUCUCGGAACCAGCCAUCGCCUCCAUCACUAUGGAAUGUCUACAGGGUUUGGCAUAUCUGCACGAGAGGUCUUAUGUUCAUUGUGAUAUUAAAGGAUCCAACAUUCUCCUCAGUAAGGAUGGCAAGGUGAAACUAGUAGACUUUGGUCUGGCCAUCAAGACAGACAGCCCCAUAAACGCAGGCAUCAGAGGGGCGCUUCUUUGGAGAGCUCCAGAAAUUUGCAAUAAUCUUCCUUAUGAAAAUAAGGUGGACAUAUGGAGCCUUGGGAUGGUUGUUAUAGAGAUGCUACAACAACACCCUCCCCUCUACUGGAUACAAGACGUCAAUCAGAUGUUAGCCCUUUCCCAAAGUGGUUACACCAUUCUGCAGGAAGACGUACAACCAAUGGUGUCGGAAGAGCUCCUAGAUUUUCUCUACAGAGGCGCACUAGUCGUUGAUGCUAACAAACGAUUAAGCGCACACCAGCUAAUCCAACACCCAUUCAUGAUGUGUGGGGAUAAUUGUGAAUCCCUGCCAGGAAUCGUUAAAUGGGCAUUACAACAACAGGUGCUGCGUUAG